AUGCUUCAGACGCCAUCCAGAGCCUCAACUGCUUCAUCGUCGUCGUUUCAACCAUUGUCGCGCCAAAACACCAUGUCGUCCUACGAUGGCUCUCGCUCGGCGCGCCAGUCCAAGCGGUACUCCAUGUCCGCGCUGUACUUGUCUAUGUCAGCAAAUGAGGGUGAAAUGCAGAUCGAAGAUGAUCUGGCCAAAGCCCAGAAAGUACUGCGGGAUUUGAAGACAAAAAUCUCGUCGCAGUCUAAAAAGAACUUUGUUCUUGAAAAAGAUGUGCGGUAUUUGGACUCGAGAAUCGCUCUACUCAUCCAGAAUCGGAUGGCUCUUGAAGAGCAAAAUGAAGUUGCCAGCCAUCUCGAGGAUGCUACCGAGGUUCAGGAAGGUGUUUUCCCAAAUGAUGACAAGACCCAGAAAUACGGCAAUCUCUUGUUUCUCUUGCAAUCUGAGCCCAGACACAUCGCACAUUUGUGCAGACUGGUAUCAAUGGCCGAAAUAGACUCCUUGCUGCAGACAGUCAUGUUCACCAUCUACGGAAACCAAUACGAAAGUCGUGAAGAGCAUUUACUUCUGACCAUGUUUCAGUCUGUCCUUACAUACCAAUUCGACAACACUCCGGAUUAUUCCUCCCUGCUUCGGGCCAACACACCCGUGUCUCGCAUGAUGACAACCUAUACACGCCGCGGUCCUGGCCAGAGUUUUCUCAAGACUGUGCUGGCCGACCGUAUCAACAGCCUUAUUGAGUUGAAAGACCUGGAUCUGGAGAUUAAUCCUCUCAAAGUCUACGAGCGCAUGCUUGAGCAGAUUGAAGAGGACACCGGGACCCUCCCCCCAAAUUUGCCAAAGGGCAUCACAGGCGAGCAGGCCGCUGAAAAUCCACAAGUCCAGGCAAUCAUUGAACCUCGACUUACUAUGCUUACGGAAAUUGCCAAUGGAUUUUUGAGUACUAUCAUUGAGGGCCUCGAAGAGGCGCCUUACGGCAUCCGCUGGAUCUGCAAGCAAAUCAGGAGCCUGACCAAGCGAAAAUACCCUGAUGCAAACGACCAGGUCAUCUGCACUUUGAUUGGCGGUUUCUUCUUCCUUAGAUUCAUCAACCCAGCUAUUGUCACUCCCAAAUCGUACAUGCUUAUUGACGGCACUCCCGCUGAACGGCCCCGACGAACCCUGACAUUGAUCGCCAAGAUGCUUCAAAAUCUUGCCAACAAGCCUUCGUACGCCAAAGAACCCUACAUGGCGAAGCUUCAGCCUUUCAUCCAGCAGAAUAAAGACAGAAUCAACAAGUUCAUGUUGGAUCUUUGUGAAGUCAGUGACUUCUACGAGAGCCUGGAAAUGGACAACUACGUUGCGCUGUCAAAGAAGGACCUUGAGUUGGACAUAACAUUGAAUGAAAUUUAUGCCAUGCACGGACUCAUAGACAAACACUAUCAAGAGCUCUGCAAGGAUGAAAAUUCACAUCUGGCUGUGAUCAUGUCGGAACUUGGUCCAUCUCCCGCUCAAGUACCACGCAAGGAGAACCGGGUGAUUAAUUUACCGCUGUUCAGCAGGUGGGAAACUGCAAUCGACGAUCUAACCGCAGCGCUCGACAUCACACAGGAGGAAGUGUUCUUUAUGGAGGCCAAGUCCAUCUUUGUGCAGAUCUUGCGGACCAUCCCCCAGAGCAGCGCGGUGCUGCGACGCCCGUUGCGUCUGGAGCGGGUAGCCGAUGCCGCGGCAACGAGCCGUAACGACGCUGUCAUGGUUCGCAAAGGCAUUAGGGCCAUGGAGCUCCUUUCGCAGCUGCAAGAGCUGGGCGUUAUCGACAGGAGCGAUCAAUUUGACUUGCUGCGAGAUGAGGUUGAGCAGGAAUUGCAGCAUCUCGGGUCCCUGAAGGAAGGCGUUAUUGCCGAGACCGCGAAGCUGGAGGAGGUGUACAAGACGAUUCGUGACCACAACACGUAUUUGGUCGGGCAACUGGAGACGUACAAGAGCUAUUUGCACAACGUGCGUUCCCAGAGUGAGGGCACCAAGCGAAAACAGCAGAAGCAGCAGGUGCUUGGACCAUACAAAUUCACGCACCAGCAGCUCGAGAGGGAGGGAGUGAUCCAGAAGAGUAAUGUUCCGGAUAACAGACGGGCCAACAUCUACUUCAACUUCACCAGCCCUUUGCCAGGCACAUUUGUUAUUUCACUGCACUAUAAAGGUCGCAACAGGGGUCUUUUGGAACUCGAUCUUAAGCUGGACGAUUUGCUUGAGAUGCAGAAAGACAACCAGGACGAGCUCGAUCUGGAAUAUGUGCAGUUCAACGUACCAAAGGUGCUUGCGCUGCUCAACAAGCGAUUUGCUCGAAAGAAAGGGUGGUAA